AUGGAGGAGAAACGAGAUUCCGUCUACGCUUUAGCGCUCAAUUGCGCGAAACGACAUUUACCUCCUGCUCAGUUUGUUAAUUUCUACAAUGAACUUGUGAACGAGCUGUAUGGAUCAAUUAUCAACAGUUCGGAGGAUGCCAAAUCUGAAUUUAAGGUAGACGUUUAUGAGGAGCUCUCCGGCUGCUUGCUGAGAAUUCUGGAAUCACAACCUUGUAUGCUACUGUCAGAUUAUGUCAACGAGGUUCUGCUUGUCAACUACAAUACAGAACUAGCCCAUAGACUGUUUCCUAAACUUUACACAAUCAAAAACCUCUCGCAUCUGGCCGUGCUUCUGUCAAAGGCAAGCGCUUUUUUUCUAGACCUCAAUGAUAAGUUGCUUAUCGAUCAAAUAUGUUCUGAUUUGAGUGAUCUUAUAAUACCCUGCAUUUUUGCCGUUGAUUUUGGUGCACAAAGCGACCAGAUAGUUUUAGCUGUUGCCAAAUUUUUGCGUAACGUCUCCUCUCUUUCUACCAAUCCGAUUUCGGUCACAGACAUCAAGACGAAAGACAAAAUCGAUAUUUUUAUGUCACAGCUUGCGAAGGCGAAUAAGCUUCUCUAUCGAAAGAUAUGCCAUAACUUCGAAUCCAUUUUCAAGUUUGACGGUGUCCCGUCCAGCGAUGCCAAUGAAUAUUCACCUAACAGUCUUGUCUCGCCAUCUGCUGUAUCACCAAAAUUUAAGGGAAUACCAUCAGCCACCGCAAGAGGCUCAAAUUCUGUUGUCUCGAGUUCAGCGAAGUCACAAAACGGUAAACUCGUCCGGUUCUGUAAGAAUUUAUGGCUGAACAACAAAAUCUUAAACUGGUCAACGAAUAGCAGAGAUUUUAUUUCUGACUAUGGAGCAAUCGAGGCAGCCAUUAUAGUAGAUGCGAUCGCAGGAUCUAAGAGCGUCGAAAAAGUGAUGACUGAUUUGAUUGAGACAUCUUUUACUUCUUUCGCCCAAUUCGUCAGUAACAAGCUUUAUCAUCAGCCAAACUUCAAUUUCUAUCUCUUGGAAAAGCAAUGGACGAUCUUCAUCACCAAACAACUACCGCUUCAUAUACUGGAAUGCAUCCCAAAAUCGCCAGAGUCUGUUGUUUCCGCGCUUGAAGACCUUGACCACAAGGUGGUCAAAGUUCUCAAAUCUUACGCUUCUGAUAAAGACGAUUCGAAAACUGGUGGUAAUGAUCUGUUUGAGGAUGUCCCCAAUAAGAACAUGGACAUAAGGCAUGAGUUCCUCAAAAACCUUAUAAUAUUGGGAUGUCAACCGCCGUCAAUUCUCAACGACUAUUUGCGAGAAGACCAUGUCGUAGACACCAAAUCAUUACUUUGUAAUGACACAGUUGUUAUACGAAACGCACAAGGUGUGAAAGAAAGCAUAAGCGACUUUUUACGCUUCAUAAAAGAAAAAAUCUACGCUCUGGACGUAGAAUCCUUGUUUGAUAUUGUUGACAGCUCUAUGGAAAGCAAUGAUAGUGACAUAGUUCAAGUCCUAAGAAAAUUCGAUACGUUAGCAGCUUCUAAACAGAGGGAGCUCUCAGAAGCGUUCCACGAAAUUUUUUGUGAGUCUGCGAGAACCUUUGAUUGCAAGACCUUUUCCAAAAUAUGUUGUUUGAUGUGCUUCAAUCUUUCGCAUUCUCUGACAACCAUACUAACAUUCGUAGCGCCGGCCCGAUUCUUGGCUGUUGCCACAGAAUUUAUUGAUGAAACCUGGGAAACACAUAUGAAGCAAUCUAACGCAGCUAAUGACGACAUUGAACCCAACACCGAAUUUGCUUGCUUCUCAUACGGAUUAAUACUCAUUAUUAACAUAACAAGGCUCUACAAUAUUCCAUUGGUUGAGUCUAUGCCAUCGAGCUUCAAGCUUUCAUCAAAGUCCUUCACAGUUAAGUUACUCUCCAGUUUAGGGAACAUAACACCUCAAUUGGAUCUCUAUUCGACAGCAAACUCGAAGGAGACACUGGAAAACUGGGUACGUGAUUUGUUCGUGAAUGGAAGCUUGUCAGAUUCACUCAUAAAAUAUGCAGAUGCCAGGGACAUAACGAAGUUGAUUCCCUUCAUUUUCAAGCAGAGCAUUUUAAGCGUUGAAGCAGGAGCCAUACGCGAUAUUUCCACUUUGACUGGAGGCUUCGAAUACUUCCUGCAACCUUUUCUAAUUGGGGGGCUUUUAGGUAUCGUCUUCUGGUCAGAGAAUUACCUAACUAGCUUGAAAACCAAAAAUUUGUCGAGAGAGUUGCUCGAUUCGAUUUUUGAGAUGUUCAGCUCUGUGCUCAACCCUUCAACCCUGAAUGAAGAGUCGCGGCCUUUGCACACGCUUAUUUUGAGACUGAAUGCUGUUCCUAUCUUGAAAGCCGCACGGACAUUUCUAAAUCAAUCUGCUUCUAACUAUGGCAUAUAUUCGUCGGAUUCCAUAGGCGGUCCUAAGUUAGAGUCACUAAUUUCUCACCUAGAGCGUAUAUGUUCUACGGCAAAUCUUUACAGUGUUGAGCCCGGUACUUUGGGCUCUGAGAAUGGCUACUUGAGGAAAGAGCUACCAUGGUGUUCUUUCUCAUUAACAGCAGAAAACUCUAUUAAUGGGAUUCUUAACAAUCAGAUCAACUCAUUUUGGAACAUGCAUAGCAGCACGUACUACAACCUUGAUUACCUAUUUGCCUUUAUUGACAUCAUGACGCCAGCUAACUUCUUCGAGGCGUCACUAUCCAGUCUCCGAUCUAAAGCAUUCGGAUCAUUACGCUCGAAUGGUCGAUUUCGAAAAACAGAUAAGGAAACAUCAGCAUCUCUAGACUAUUUUUUUCAUUUUUUGGUAACGCACGAUCUAAGAAGAGCUUCGGAUAAAGUGGAGCUACUAAACUUCAUGACGUCUUUAGAAGAAGUCGAUACCAACGGUCUUAAGUUAGUUGUGGAAUCAAACUCGCAAGCGAAAGUUGAGCAACCCUCCGACGAAGAUUUCGAUAUACUUUUUGGCGAGGAUACCAGUAUUCCCGGUAAUGAAACCGAUAUUGCGAUUAAUGAUACGAAAACAGGCGAUAAAAGCGAAUUAAAAGCGUCGAUAUUUUUGGGCUCAUCUUUUAGCAUUGUACUUUGCGAUCUACUACUGGACAAGAAAGCGCUUCUUGAAUUGAGCUAUAUCGCUCAAGAAGAAUAUGAGGAGUUGAAGUUUCUUCAUGACAAAUACGUCGAAAUCCUACGAUCGGACGCUGUGUAG